AUUUGUACCUGUGCCUUCAUUCAUUUGUUGCUACUUGUGUGAUUUCACGCACAGCCAGGAUUAGCAGCAGACUCCGACACACAAGCAGAGUUUUGGACCGUGUGGAACGUUUCCUGAUUCUUUGGCGUGGUCAUGGUCAGAAGCUUUAUCCACAAUGCCUGUGUUUUACUCACCUGUCCCAGAGAACCUGCAGAUGGGCCUGAGCUACAUGGGGGGCUCAGUGUUCACCAACAACAGGACAGCUGACAGCGACUACAGCAGGGAGCAGGAGGACGCCAACGUGGUCAACGAGCUUGUUUCCCACCUUCCCCUGCAGAUGCUGCUCUACUUCAACAUGUUUUAUUUCCCCUGCUGGUGGUUCUCUGCAGUUUUCAUGUUGGAAGUGAAGUUCUAUUAUCUCCCUGGGUACUACCAGGCUCUGCUCGUCACCGGGAUGAUCCUCCUCACAGUCGUCGAAGUGGUCCGGCUUUAUCUGGGCUACAUUGGAAACCUCAAAGAAAAGGUGCCGGAGUUGGCAGCCUUCUGGCUCCUGUCUUUCAUGUUCCAGCUGCCAGUGCUGCUCUUCUUCCUGACUGAUGAAGGAAUUAUCAUCCUGCCUCUGGAGAGAGCUGUCCACUCCCUUUACCUCCUCUUCCUGCUGGCAGAGAUCCUGGCCUCCUUCCUGGCUCUCAGAACCAUGACACGAAAGCUGACCCUGCUCUUCUACUUGCGCCAAUUUGGCAAGGUGGAAAGCUUCCAUCAAGCUGGGAUGAGCCCUGUGUACGGGCUGCCAUAUCACCGCAGUGUGCUACCCGUGUCACCAGCACAUGAUAUUUUUAAUUGAAGAACACUGUCAGUAUACUCUAAGGUGCGUUAAGAGGAUUCUUGCUUGCAUCAUUCAUGUUUGACUUUGAGCUCCUUAAACCACAUCUGGUGCUUUAAAGAAUGCCUCUGAAGACUGCCAGAGAAUUCAUGUUAAAAUGUUUGCCAUCAUAUGUGGUACCAUGAGCAUUCCAAUACAGCCGUCAAACUAUUUUAUAAAAACAUGUUUGUGUCAUCCUCAUAGACUGUAUAAAAUGGACAUAGUAUCCGUGAUGUCACCCAUCUGUUUCUGAGCGCUGUU